AUGGCUCAGUAUAGGCAAGCAGGUACGGAGAGAUUCGGAGUGCGAAGCCAUGAUUUCCACCACGGAAAUGGAAGCGCAGCUUCUGAUCAGUUCGGUAUUGGCAUUCGAGGAACGCAUAAGCAGGGGCGAGCGAGGAGAUCCGGUCGGCCUGAUAAGGGGCGAAGGAUCUCUGUUGGUGCUUUAGUUGUGAUUCUCUGUCUUGUUCUCGUCGUCACUGGUCUCGCUUACUGUUACCUGUCUAGAGAUAAAGAAUUAAACAGGUUUCAUGGUCAGGAUGAUAAGAAUGACUUGGAUUUUCUUGCGAAUGUAUCUAGUACAAGGAGCUCUAAAGUGCUCGAUUUUGGUCAGGGCUCUGUGUCACAUGGUAGGGACUCCCGGUACUGGGACCGGGAUGACAGGAGAAGAGAUGAUGAAUACAAUGAGGAUGAUAUAGAGAUUAAUAAAGUUGGUCUUGGUGAUAACAAUGGGUCUAUGAAAAAAGACCGUGCUAGGGUGGAAGAGAGGAGUGGUGAGAAACAAUUGUCUCGCGAUGGUGUGAAGAAGUUGAAUGGAAAGCAAAUACUGGAUCAUGGAAGUGGUGGGUUGUAUAAUGAAGCUGGGCGUGAUGAGCUGAAACAAUAUGAAGAAGAGUUUGAGGCAUCUUUGAAGAACAUUGGGCAAUCAGGGCAGGAGAAUAGAAAACAAAAUGAGCUAUCUGAUGGUGCAGAUUCAGGGCUACAGGAUGAGGAUGUUGACCCUGAUGAUGAGUAUGAUGAUGGCAUUGAUUCUCAUGAUGCUCGUAUGGAAGAUUAUAAUGAUGCAAGACAUGAUGGUGAAGGUCAAUCUGAUAUGGUGAGAAACCAUGAUGAUGAUACCAAAGAGUCUUCUGAUGCCCUUGAUGCUGGAAUCAAGCACCGUCGUUAUGCUAGACAAGCUAAUGAUUCUGAAGAAUCUUUUAAUAAUUCAUCUGAGGAAGACUCUCUCUUGAUUUCUCAAAUUGCUAAUAAGGGUAAAAAAAUUUCCAGACACACGAGUGUCACCAAUGCCGAAUCUAAUAGAAGGUCAAGUUCUGGGAAAAAAUCAGAUUCAAAGAGAAGAGCAAAGCACCGCAAAAUUUCCGGUAAUUUUCAUCGUUCUACAAAUGGUUCUUCUUGUGAGAUGAAGUUCUUGAACUCUACCGCAAAGCUAGUAGAGCCUUUAGAAAGUCACAAAUUUUCAAGAUUCUCCUUGCAAUAUACAGAAGUAGAAGAGAGGCCUAGUGGACUAGAGCACUGGAAGCCCAGAUUUUCUGGGUAUCAGAGUCUCCAAGAAAGGGAAGAAUCAUUUAUUGCACAUGAUCAAAAAAUAAAUUGUGGAUUUAUUAAAGGUCCUAAAGGAUAUCCAAGUACAGGAUUUGAUUUGGCGGAAGAUGAUGCAAGAUUUAUGAGUAGUUGCCACAUUGCUGUGUCCUCUUGCAUCUUUGGCAACUCAGAUAACUUGAGAACACCUACUGGUAAAACGGUCACACGCUUAUCAAGGAAAAAUGUAUGCUUUGUUAUAUUUAUGGAUGAAAAUACAUUGAAAACACUUUCCUCAGAGGGCCAACAGCCAGACAGAAUGGGUUUUAUUGGUUUAUGGAAGGUUGUGGUGGUUAAGAAUUUACCUUAUACGGAUAUGCGGAGAGUUGGAAAAAUACCAAAGUUUUUAACACACAGACUUUUUCCUUCUGCAAGGUAUUCAAUCUGGCUGGAUAGCAAAUUACGUCUCCAAAAUGACCCUCUCCUUAUUUUGGAGUACUUUCUGUGGCGGAAAGGUUAUGAGUAUGCAAUUUCUAAUCAUUAUGAUCGGCAUUGCUUGUGGGAAGAGGUGGCACAAAAUAAGAAGCUUAACAAAUAUAACCAUACCAUCAUUGAUCAACAAUUUACAUUCUACCAGGCUGAUGGGCUGAGAAGAUUCAAUGCCUCGGAUCCCAACAGACUUUUACCAAGCUAUGUCCCUGAAGGGUCCUUUAUUGUGAGAGCACACACGCCAAUGUCAAAUUUGUUCUCUUGUCUUUGGUUCAAUGAGGUUGAUCGAUUUACUCCUCGUGAUCAGCUGAGUUUUGCUUAUACAUACCUGAAGCUGAGAAGAACGAAUCCUCGAAAACCAUUCUAUCUCAAUAUGUUCAAGGAUUGUGAGAGACGAGCUAUAGCGAAGCUAUACCAUCACAGAUCAGAAGAGAAGCGGAACUUACCUUUGCAAGAGAGUGGGUAAAAUGUGGGUUUCGUGGAGCUUCCGCACAGGGAAAUUAUUCUCUUUGGUAUGUAUAUUAUGCUUGGCGACACUUGCGUGCUGUGAUAAUGCCAGAUUAAACCUGAGCCUGGGGAAGGGAUAGCUUUUACAGGUCUGUUGCCCGUCAUCAUGGUCAGUGUUGUGCAGCUUGAGGAAAAUUGAAUGCAAAAAUGCAGAUUUAACGGUUCCGGGUCAGGUUCAAAAUGCUGCAAUCUUGUUUGAUCUCUUAUCUCAGGAUAUAAAAGAAAUCUACAAUUACCGCAGAUUGUCAAGUGCAUCUUCUCUCCAUUUAUUGCUUCUCUGGAGGCACAGAAACAUCAGAUUAGCCUGUACUAUUAUUUCUACAUCUUCUACUUGGUGGUAUGUUCUUCAUUCGCACAUUAAUUGUCUCUUGGGGUUUUGCCUGCAAUUCUAUUAGCUGUUAUCCAUGAAAUUUUGGUGGGGCAUUUAAAUUUGUAUGAUAUUUUUGCAAAUUGAUCCUUCAAGCC